UUUUUUUUUUUUUUUUUGCGUGGCACAUUUCCACCCAAGCCCACCCUUCAACCUCCACAGGCAGGACCACGACGGGCACCCAAACACCGGUGCUGCUCACUUGGCUUCCCGGUGUAAAGACACCCUCCAGGCAGGCUUUUCAUUCAUUUAUUAUUAUUUUUUUUGACCCCAUAGUACCAUCACGCAGUUGCCACCCUUCUUUUUCUUCUUGGGUGUUUUUUGUUUCCCUCUCUGCUCCACGCGAGAGGCUUUCACGCCUGCUGAUGAUGAGGAUGGUGGUGAUGAGAGUCGAAUUGAAGUGCUGAUAUAAUGUGGAUAGAACCCCAUUCUGAGGCCUUGUUGUUGUUGUUGGAAGAAGACAUGGAGACUGAAGACGGGGAUUACCAUCGUCGUGUUGCUGCGUCCAUAGCAGUCAGUGCACUUUGGAGGAAAUAAUACGACCUUUUUCGCCCACAUUUUUUUUUUUAUCCUUUCACCCCUUAAUUUAUUUCUAUUUAAAAUCCCAGUGGACAAGAAUUCAACCCACACCAUUUAGACUACAUUUCUUUCUUUUUUUCUUCCCCCCAUUUGUUCCGGAGAUCUGUCGUUAGUCUUAACGUUCUCUUGGAUUUAUUUACAUUUUUAAAUUUAUUAAUUGUUAUCAUAUUUAGAAUUUUUUUAAUGAUAAGGAACAUGAGGGCUGACAAACUACUAAUGGGCAGCAGCACUGUCUUGUUUUGGGCUGUGUUGACGACCCUUUCCACCAUGUGCAUGUGGACCUCAUAUGGCGAGAUCUGCGGUCCCAGCAUCGACAUCCGGAACGACAUCAGUGAGUUCAAGCGCCUGGAGAACUGCACGGUGGUGGAGGGCUACCUGCAGAUCCUCCUCAUCAAGACCAACAACAGCAAGACCAAGAACCAGGAGGUGUUCCGCUCGCUCAGCUUCCCCAAGCUGACCGUCAUCACCGACUACUUGCUGCUGUUCCGCGUGCCGGGCCUGGACAGCCUGAGCACGCUGUUCCCCAACCUGAGUGUCAUCCGCGGACGCAACCUCUUCUACAACUACGCCCUGGUGAUCUAUGAGAUGACCAGCCUGAAGGACAUUGGCCUGUACAACCUGAGGAACGUCACCCGCGGGGCCAUCCGGAUCGAGAAGAACCCCGAGCUGUGCUACUUGGACUCGGUGGACUGGUCUCUCAUCAUGGAUGCCGAGUUUAACAACAUUGUGAGUGGGAAUAAGAAGGCCAAGGAGUGCGACAACGUCUGUCCGGGCAUCAUGGAGGACAACCCGUUGUGUCAGCAGACAACCUUCAAUAACAAACAGGAGUACCGCUGCUGGACCUCCAACCGAUGCCAGAAAGUAUGUCCCGGUCAUUGCAAGCAGGCGUGCACUGACAAGGGUGAAUGUUGCCAUAGCCAGUGCCUGGGUAGCUGCACGGAAGCCCACAGCGACACGGCGUGCUCCGCCUGCCUCCACUACUACCACGAGAGCCGCUGCGUACCCGACUGCCCGCCCAACACGUACAAGUUCGAGGGCUGGCGCUGCAUCACCAUGGACCUGUGCUCCCAAGUGCACCUGCCCAGCGACGUUCACUUUGUCAUCCACGAGGGCGAAUGCAUGCCCGACUGCCCCUCCGGCUUCGCACGGAACGAGAGCAACCGGAUGUUGUGCAGCGCCUGUAAUGGCUUAUGCGAUAAGAUCUGCUCGACCUCUGUCAUUGACUCGGUGAACGCCGCUCAGUCCCUGAAGGACUGCACCGUCAUCGCCGGCAAUCUGGACAUCAACAUCCGACACGGAAAUAACAUAGCGUCUGAGCUGGAGAGCUUCAUGGGCCUGAUCCAGACGGUGACGGGCUACGUGAGGAUUCGUCACUCCCACACACUUGGAUCUCUGUCUUUCCUCAAGAGUCUGCGUUACAUCAACGGGGAGGAGCUCAUGGACAAGAUGUAUUCCUUCUCUGCCAUCAACAACCAGCACCUGCACGAUCUGUGGGACUGGACUCAGCACAACCUGACCAUCCGGGCAGGACGCCUCUUCUUCCGCUUGAACCCUAAACUUUGCAUGUCCGAGAUCCACAUGAUGUGGGAGAAGACGGGCGUCACCGACAAGCCAGAGGAGGGUGACUUCCGCAACAAUGGUGAAAGAGCUAGCUGUGAAAGCCACAUCCUCAAGAUCUUGUCCAACAGCACGUCCAGCUACACCAUCCGUCUGACAUGGGAGCGCUACCAGCCGCGGGAUUACAAAGGCCUUAUCAGUUUCAUGGUCUACUACAAGGAGGCCCCUUCUCAGAACAUUACCGAGUUUGACGGUCAGGAUGGCUGUGGCUCCAACAGUUGGCACAUGGUGGACGUGGAUCUUCCUCAGGAUAAUAAUACUGACCCCAAAGUCGGCAUUCACCACCUCAAACCCUGGACCCAGUAUGCUAUUUUCGUCAAGGCCAUUACCCUGCGGGUAGAGGACAAACACAUUCCCGGUGCAAAGAGUGACAUCAUAUACAUUCGCACGCGCCCAUCACUGCCGACAGUGCCCAAAGACCCUCGUGCCUUUGCCAACUCCUCCACCAAGCUGCUGAUCAAGUGGUCGCCGCCGCUCUUUCCCAACGGCAACCUGACCUACUACCUGGUCCGCUGGCAGCAGCAGCCGGAAGACAGAGAGCUCUAUCUUCACAACUACUGCUCCAAAGAGCUGAAGAUCCCGAUCCGGAUCCCAGCAAUGGGAUUUGCGGACAUGGAGGAAAUAACCAAGCCCACCAAGUCGGAUCUUUCGGGGCCCAAGAAGGGUCCUUGCUGUGUUUGCCCCAAGACGCCCGAGGAGAAGGACCGGGAGAAGGACGACCGUGUCUUCUUGAAGCUCUUUGAGAACUUCCUUCACAAUGCCAUCUUUCUGCAGAGACCUCAAGAGCGUCGCCGUCGGGACCUUUUCGGCCUUGCAAAUGGUACCGCGUUACACGAGGGCGCCGGCAGGGGCAACGCUACACUCGGCCCGAGCGUUAACAAAACGGAUGGGAUCCCUCCGAUUAUGGAAUACCCGUUCUUCGAAGACAAGAGCACCUCGGAGGGCUUAGAGAUCCCCAACUUGAGGCCCUUCACUGUCUACCAUAUCGACAUCCACGCUUGCAAUGAGGAGGUGGGCCACUGCAGCGUGGGCGCCUUUGUCUUUGCUAGGACCAAGCCUGCAGACAAAGCUGACGACAUUCCCGGGAAAGUGCUCUACGAGAAGAACGACAAGACGGAAGGUUGCGUGCUGCUGCGUUGGCCAGAGCCCUUCAUGCCCAAUGGCCUCAUCCUAAUGUACGAGAUCCAGUACCGUUUGGGGGCUGAGCCUGAGAAGCACGAGUGUGUGUCUCGCGAGCAGUAUCGCAAGCACCGAGGGGCUCGUCUCACCAACCUGGGCUCGGGGAACUACUCGGCCUGCGUUCGAGCCACGUCUCUGGCGGGCAACGGCUCCUGGACGGAAAGCGUGUCAUUCUACGUGCCUCCGCCCAAACGAGACAACGAUGUCACUCUCUAUCUGGUCGUCAUCAUUCCCAUCUUUGUGAUUGUUUUCAUCAUUGGACUCAGCACCAUCCUCUUCUUUGUCAACAAAAAGAGGAAUAGCGAUCGACUGGGGAAUGGAGUCCUUUACGCCUCAGUCAAUCCAGAGUACUUCAGUGCUGCAGAGAUGUACGUCCCAGACGAGUGGGAGGUACCGAGGGAGAAGAUCACCAUGCACCGGGAGCUGGGCCAGGGCUCCUUCGGCAUGGUGUACGAGGGCAUCGCCAAGGGAGUGGUGAAGGAUGAGCCCGAGACGCGAGUGGCCAUCAAGACGGUCAACGAGUCGGCCAGCAUGAGGGAACGCAUCGAGUUUUUGAACGAGGCGUCCGUCAUGAAGGAGUUCAACUGCCACCAUGUGGUGAGGCUUCUGGGCGUGGUCUCCCAGGGACAACCCACCUUGGUGAUUAUGGAACUAAUGACCAGCGGAGAUCUGAAGAGCCACCUGCGUUCUCUUCGCAAAGAAAACACCAACGUCCAGGUCUUGCCUCCACUCAAGAAGAUGAUUCAGAUGGCGGGGGAGAUCGCUGAUGGCAUGGCAUACCUAAAUGCCAAUAAAUUUGUCCACAGAGACCUGGCAGCCAGAAACUGCAUGGUGGCGGAAGACUUUACCGUGAAGAUUGGAGAUUUUGGCAUGACUAGAGAUAUUUACGAGACGGAUUACUACCGAAAAGGAGGAAAAGGCCUUCUGCCCGUCCGCUGGAUGUCACCAGAGUCCCUGAAAGACGGCGUGUUUACUACCAUGUCUGAUGUCUGGUCGUUUGGCGUGGUGCUGUGGGAGAUUGCCACCCUGGCGGAGCAACCCUACCAGGGCAUGUCCAACGAGCAAGUGCUGCGCUUCGUCAUGGAGGGAGGACUCCUGGACAAGCCUGACAACUGUCCCGACAUGUUGUUCGAGCUGAUGCGGAUGUGCUGGCAGUACAACCCCAAGAUGCGUCCGUCCUUCCUGGAGAUCAUCAGCAGCAUCAAAGAACAGCUGGACCCGCCCUUCCGGGAAAUGAGCUUCUUCUACAGCGAGGAGAACAAGCCGCCCGACACCGAGGAGCUGGACAUGGAGGUGGAGAACAUGGAGAACAUUCCGUUGGACUCCGCCGCCACCAUCCAACCUCCCAUCGCCGCCCCCUCGGCGGGGUACGCCGCGGGCUCACCGCCGCCCUCCUCGGCCCAGCAGCCGCCCGCCGCCGCCCCUUUCCUGAGACCCGGCUCACCCGCCGCGGGUCCCUCGGACAGCAAGCACGCGGGACACGCGCCGGCCAACGGGCCCGUAAUGCUGCUCGGGGCCGACUUCGACCAGCUGCAGCCCUACGCGCAUAUGAACGGCGGCAGGAAUAACGAGCGGGCGCUACCCCUGCCCCAGUCGUCGGCCUGCUAAUAUCAGCCCCCCUCGUCCUCCUACACAGGGUAACCCAAAUCUCUCCUGCAUCUCUGUGACGCGACUUCUUCUACACUAGAGAGUGACUUGGUGUCUUUGUUACAUCACUCCUUAAACAAGGAAAUCGAUUAGAAGACUUAAAAAGACUAAAGAACAUUUCUUUUUCUUUUUGAAGCUUGUCUGCCAGUAAAAGUCUACAGAAGAGCACUUUUUUCCCCCCCGAGAGGAUGAUGUGGAGUGUGUAUUUGUAUACAAAUUCUCUCUAUAAUAACAUUUCUCUCUUUUUUUGUAUCUUUUCACAUCAGCGGACUCUCGUCGGACAUUUUAGAUAAAAACGUUAGUGUGAGUGGAGGAAGAUAGAAGAAGACGGUGGUGUUUGUCUCCUUAAAAAGAAAAUAAUACUAAGUUGCCAAAUGGACGCUGUGCUUCAGAGUAAAGUGCAUGUUGGGUGAAAAAUGGCAGCAUUCAUGGUGAAAAAUGAGGUGAACUACAAAUAUAACAAAGUGAAGGCCUCAUUUUUACCAAAGAAAAAAAACAUUUAACAUAUCAAAUUAAUGUGAAAAAAACUUGAAUUCAAGUGACAAAAACAUAAUUUAUUUUCCUAAUUUGGUGAAACUUCAUUUCACAUUUGUCAUACGUAAAAAAUGUGCAUUUUUAUCACAAUUUAAAACCAGUCUCAAUAUCACCCGUCACACGUUUUAAUCAAUAUACCUCGAGGACCAAUAAUUAUAGUACACUUUUAAUCAUGUCUUUUCAAAUCAACCUGUUUGUAGGGGGCGGUCCUGUUUCAUGCAAAUGAGCCACUGCUCACCCUGCCCCCUCUAGUGUGGGGCCAACGCAGAGCACAACUUUCAUUUGUAUUACAUUAUAUUAUAUUAUAUCAUUUUCAUUAUUAUUAUUAUCAUUUCACUAACAUGAUGACUAGGGGCGGAGCUACUUGUUGAGCGUCAAGUCGAAAAAAGAGAUUUUCAUAUCUCAAAGACUCGAUUAAAAGACCAAAAAAAAAAAAAAAAAACUUGAGUACGGUAUGAAAGCAAUCUAUCAAUAUUUUCCAUUUCAGUCCAUUUGACAUGUUUGAUAAACCUCCACACAAUUGUUAUCCUGGAUAACAGCUCAAACUUAAAGUCUAAACAGACAUGCAGUAUUGUUCUUGUUAUUAAUUGUUUGGUCAGCCAACUAUGACAAAAUGUUCCAAACCUUUCCCUUCCUAAACCACAAUUGUACAUCCUCAAUUAAAUCUGUUUUGAAUUAAAUUAAGUUGACAUUUUAAAGGGAAAUUGAUGGAAGAAACAAUUGAAAACUAAAGUAAAAUUGGUUAAAAUAAAAUGCAAAUGAAUAAAAUCCUUUAUAUUAAAAUUAAACAUGAAAAUUACAUUUAAAUGAAAUGAAUGAAAGAAAAUAAAGUUUAUCUACAACUUAUAUAUAAUCAAUGACCUCUCAAAAAAUGUUUCGUUUUUUUUCUUGUAAUAUUCUCAAGCACAGUCUCAUUCUGAGACAUCCGAACAACCACAUGAGCAUCAUUGAGGGUAAAUUGAAGAAUCGAUUAAUCGAUACGUUGUUAUUUUAUCACUUCUGGUGGGAUGGGAGAAUCCUGGAAUGUUCUGAACUCCUGCUUUUAGCAGAAUAUUGCUGCCUUCCUCGUCAGAAACAGUUUGCGGCCUUCUUUAGACGGUCCCCUUGCAGUCAUCUCCCAGCAUGCACUUGACACAGCAGACAGGAAUUAGGACAUGCAUGUUGACAAUCUCACAGUUGACUUCCAACUGACAGGACCGAUUUUCAUAUCGGCCCGCAAACAAGUCAUCGGUUUGUCCCCUUUUGACAUUUCUAAAGUGUGUUUGCCUCUGUCUGUAUGUGAGUGUGUGUGCCUGUGUGUGUAUGUGUGCGUACACGACAAAGCUGCUAUUUAUUCUCUUUUCUCGGAAAUCCUUCAGGUUUGCUAUUUUAUGCUCUCCACUACUUAUCUACAAAUUCUAUUUGAAAAAUGACAAAAAAAAAAAAAAAAAAGAUUUUAGUUAGCAAAUGUCUUUUUUAGACGUUUGUAUUUGUUUGUUGGAUGUCUGAACUAUUAUUAUUAUUAUUUGGAAUGGACACCUUAGCUCCGUGUGUGAGCUUUCUUCUGCACCCUUUUUUGUACUUUUUGUGGUCUCGCACUGCGCCUCAGGGUGCGACUCAAUCUCAGGUCAAAGUUUAAAAAGGCUUUUCUUCUUCUUUUCUCCACAAAUUCUCUUAUUCUCUUCAUCCUCUUCCUCCUCUCCCAUCAUUCUUCUUCCCUUCUGUCUGUGCUGCCUUUUUUUUUUAUUAGCCACAUUAACCAAAUGUUUGUUUUUAAAGCCCAGUCAGCGUCUUGUCGUUUGCCUUAAUCAUGUUUCUCACGUUUCUCCUUUUCUUUUUUAGGGUUGGGGGGGUGAUUAUUUUUUAUUUUUUUUAGUUAGCGCAACACACACUCCCGCUGCCCUGUUCAAGUGUUAUUAUUUCUUCUCAAACCAAAUAAAGAAUGGCUACAAGAGCGGAAAAGAUUUAAUGUUUUGAAUGGUAAUUAAAAGAAGGUCUUAAAAUGCAGGCUAUAAGUAAUUUUGAAGGAUUUUUCCUAAAUGUUAUUCUAUUUUGCAAAAUGUUUUUUUUCUUUAUCUAGAUGUGUUAUUUAUUUAUUUUUUAUCUUUUUUCUUCCUUUAAUGAUAUCAGUUUAAAUCACUGUAUAACUGCUCCCAUGAUUCAGUAUAAAGAUGAAUUUCUUGGGUA